AUGCCUCACUUGGUCAGCACACAUUGCAUCGAGCCUCAUUUCCUUCGCAAUGUCCUUGAUGUUCUGAUUAUUGGGACAGGGACAGCUGGUCUCUCUGCGGCCUUGGCCCUUGGCCGUGCGCAAAGGAGUGCCAUCGUUUUCGAUGGCGCCGAGCACAGGAAUAACCUUCAUGGGAUUGCAAGUCAGGCAAUCUCAAAAUCGAUCCAGGACGAGACGAUAGCUGAGAUCAAAGCCAAGUUCAAGACCAUCAUGCUUAGCCUCGCGACAGCCGCGUCUAUUCGUGAGAAAGGCAUGACUUUCGAAGUCGAAGACGUUACAGGUCGACGUUGGAAGGGAAGAAAGGUGAUAUUGGCUAUGAGCAGCCGUGAUGUUCUUCCAGAUAUCCCAGGAUAUGAAGAAGCUUGGGGGAAGCAUAUUUUCGAUGUAUCACAAUGCCUCGAUGUUAGUAACAAAGCGACUUCCCGCGCUGCUGUGCUCAUCACAUCCGACUCUUCAAGUUCUAUUGAGGCGGCGGUGUUGUCAGCUCAUCUCGCCCACCAGUUCAGUCCCGAUAUAACAUUCCUGACUAACGGCCUUUUUCAUGUCGAGCAUCAUCCUCAAAUCAUAGCGACCAAGAAUUGUGGCUUCAAAUUAGACAACAGACCCAUCAGAUCAUUGCAACAUCUGGAAACCUCGGUGGCUAUCCAGUUCGCUGAUGGGGCAGAAUCAGUGUAUGGCUUGAUAUCGCAUAAGCCCAGAAAGGUUCUUGGCGGGCCUUUUUCAGAACAAUUAGAUCUGGAGAUGACAUCUGAAGGGAGGAUUUUGGUGGGAAAUGAGUUCCAAGAGACAAGCACACGCGGUGUUUACGCAGUUGGUGACAGUGCCAGCUUUCUCAAAGAAGGGAGUGCUGGAGCCAGCGCUGGAUGGCUGGCUGGGGUUGGUGCAAACUUGCAAAUUGCGGAGGAUGAUAUGAGUACGUAGUUUACAUUUGUUCCGAAUAUAGGAUGGAAAUAAUUAAAGAAGUCGCCGAUUCUUCCAAGUGGUGCAUGAUGACCCUUGUUGAUUGCGGUUUGACACAACGAUCCCUGUCAUCGGGGACUAGAUUCUGGUCGCCGA